AUGUCUAGUGGCAAAAUCACUAAUAUGAGAAACAAGGAAGCUUCAGUUAGCUCAACCCCAAUAGAUUACAAAGAGCUUUAUGAAACUUGUUUAUUUAUUGUUCUAGACACAUGCCAAACCCAAUAUCUCUUCCUUACUCAAACUGAUACAUUUGUUGGAAGAAAUGAAUCAAAUUAUAUUGUUAUAAAAGAUCAAAAACUUGGUAAACGUCAUGCCAAAAUUAAGACUUCUUGCACUUUAGAAAAAGAUGAUAGGAUUACAUUGAAAAAAACUAUUUUAAAAUACCUUACUGCUGGAGAGUAUGAAAACUGUACUGAUAAACUUUUGCCUAUUUAUAAUAAGGCAUAUUUAUUAACAACUUUGGAAGAGGCAUUUACCAGUGCAAGAGAUAAACAGGAGGAUUUAA